GCAACAGUGGUCCUAUUUGUCUAAAAAAAUGUUUACAGGAAAAAAUAUAAAUAAAUAAAUUAUAAAUAUGAACUUACAAACCCUUUUUCAAGAUUUCAAUCCAAGCAAGUUCGUUGUACAUACUUGCCUUCUUAUAUUUACAAUUCUAUUUGCCUUAAAAUUAGAUGAUUACGUGUCCUGGUCAUUUUGGACAGUAUUUACCCCAAUUUGGGUAUGGAAAGUUUUAGUUAUAAUGGGAGCAACAGUAGGCAGCUAUGUUUGGUGGAGGUACCCACAUUUCAGGUUGGAGGGUGAGGCCUAUGUCCAUUAUAAAUCAAUGCUAAUAUCACUAGCAUUGCAUUUAAUUUUGUUGAUGUUUGAACUGUUAGUUUGUGACAAACUUGAAUCAGCAAGGCAUCUGUGGAUUCUAGUAUUUAUACCUUUAAUUUUUAUAUCAAUUGUUAGUAUAGCAGUGUGCAUUUGGGCUGUUAAACAUGAUAGAUCAUUUGAGCUUGAACUUUUCUGUGCUGUCAAUGUACUGCAGUUUAUUUUUCUUGCCUUGAGAUUAGAUGGGUUUAUAUCAUGGUCAUGGGAAGUGGUAUUUGUACCACUAUGGAUAGUGAUGUGUCUUUCAUUGGUGGGAGUUUUGUACACCAUCAUCUUUGCUGCCAUUUUAUUAAGGACUCCAGAAGUUAGCGCUCAACAAAGAAGAAGCAGUUUUCAUUCUGCUAUUGGCUAUACUUUUUUAGUUAUUCCUAUUCUUGUUUUUCAAGUAUUACUAGCUGAUAAAUUAGACGACGAUAUUAGAUUAUCUUAUACAGCCGUGGUUAGCCCACUUUUUAUAUCAUUUAUCACACUUAUCCUAAUGUCUUUCAGUGCCAAAGGUGGAAAUAAAUGGUGGUUUGGAAUGAGGAAAGACUUUUGUUCUUUCGUACUGGGGGCGUGUCCCUUGCUACAAGAAUAUGCCAACAUUGCUUACCACAGCGAAAGACGUACAAACGGUGUAGAAUUACAGCCACAAGUUGAACAUAAGGAAAAAACGAGCAACCAGUUUCAAGUUUCUACAUCUCGUGCACAGUUUGGUGCCAAAAAGCCACAGUUCAAUUCUGUAUCCGUGCACGGGCUUACCGAAACUCGACCCUGAGUCCAGCUCUGUUUAUGUUGAUUUCAUUAUCAUUAGUUGUUUCUUAUCAUGUAUUUGUAAGUGAAAGGUUGUCGCUCAUUUAACGUCUCUUCUGUCUGUGAUCAACCACAACAUGAGUUCAAAUGGCUGUAUGUUCACAUAGCAACUUGUAAAUGUGGACGUUUUCCGAUAGCAUUCGUUAUUCUCUAUAUUUGUGAUGAUGCAGUGAGCCAUUGGCAAAUGACAGUUUGAGUAGACUUAUAAAAAUAUAGGUUAUAGGUAUUAACUUUUUUUAUAUUAUUUUCAAGAUUGUAUUCAUUUAAACAUUCAAAAUAAUUUACUUAUAUAUCUUUUUACGACCAUCAAACAAUAUUUAAAAAAAAAACUUAAAAACGUAUAAUAUUGAUGUCAGUGACAGAAUGAUUUGUGUAAGCACCGGUGGGGAACGAUAUUGAGCCUGUAUAGUGUUGCCAGAGUUGUUACAACCCUACCAUUCUUGGUACUUGAGAAUUAUCUAAUAAAAUAUUUUAGUUACUUUACCUAGUACGUAUUUCUGUCAAGUAAUCUUAAUUGUUUUUUUUUACUUAUAAUUACAGUAAUUGUCUAAACACAAAGUUCAAAAAAUAAAUUUGUGUCAUUGACUUAUUCCAUCGAGAUAGAAUGAAGUAGAGAUGACAUAAACAGUAUUUUGCAAUUUGACAGAUGGACACACUUCAAGUGAUGGAAAAGUAUAAUCGAGAGUCAUACUUUGAUUUAUUUGAAGUCAAUAAUUUUAUAAUUGAACAUUGACGGAAUGAAAAUGUUUUUAUAUCAUUUAAAUGAAGCUUUUUUAAAAAAAAUGGCAUUUAUUCUCACCAAAACUGGCUGCGUUCAGUGGCUCGAGUUUGACAUAUGACGUAAAAGUGUAAUGCAAAGGUGCAUUACACUUUUAUUAUCUUCAUAGUAAAUUGCUUGACUUUUGGUACAAAACUGGUAAAUGUUUAUGAAAUUACUGGUACAAAAAAACUCCCUUCAACGAUAUAAGAUAUAUUAAAAUUGAGCAUAUCCGUAUAUGGAUUACAUAACAAGGUGGUAGAAAAGGAAGUUAUAUAAAGUGUGAGACAGAAAUGGCUUAUUUUUCUAUCACAAUCCACACCCUCAAUAGUACUGUUUUCAUAUCGAAAUUAUGUAAUUGCCGCCUUUUAAGUGAGUGUCAACCUUUGUCACUAUAGUUUUUGUUAAUGAUUUAUUAUUAAGUAUGAAUUUUUAGUUUGCUUCUGUUUAUCUAUAAUUUCGUUAUUAUAUACAAGUUUGGUGGUUUUUAUUUACUUAAGAUAUUUAUGACUGCUUGGAAAUAUAGAAUAUGUGUUUAUGGUACCCUUUCCAGGCCAGAACCGGAUCCCUAUUUUUUUUACCUAAAAUAAAAUCUUAAGAGAUCAUUUCAAAUUAAAAAUAUUUUGUGAUAAUUACCAAACAUUGCUGCUGCACCUAUUUGUCGAAAAAUUAUUUUUAUUACUCAGUAUAAUAUUAUGUUUGUACAUUUGCCCUUCAAAAUAUUGAGAAAUACUUCGAGAGCGCUUGGUACAGAUGAAAAUCAAACUUGCUUUGAUUGCCUUCAAAAUUAUGUUUGUAAAUAUUAGAUUAUUAAUAUAUUUCGGACAUUGUGAGUGGUAAGAGAAUGUCAUAGGGUGGUGUCCAUAGUAUUCAAAUGAUUCGUCAUUUUAAAAUUCAUAAUAAUUACAGAAAUAUACAGGGUGAGUCUGAAGGAACGGCACAAACUCAAGGGUAUUAUACACAUGCAAAUAAUGUAAAAAAAUUAUUUGUUAUUCGAUUUUAAUUUUUUUCAAGUUAUAGCGUAAUUAAAAUUUUUUAUAUAGCGUUUUACUUGUAUCCAAAUGUUUGAAAUAAUGUUUGUUUUAUGACAAGGUUUCAGUGAAUUGAGGCAGUGAUUGAACAUUUAUUGUCUAGUUUGUACGAUUAAAAUGUUACAACAUGCCAAUCACUUAUUCACAUUUAAAGUAUGCUAAUAUGGUGUUCGUGCAUGGUUUUUGUAAUGGGAAAUGCUAGAGCUGCUGAGGAAGAAUAUCGUCCACUUCGGAGACAGCCUAGUAUAUAAGUAUGUUACUUCUUUUUUAUGCAUAUAGAAACAAAUGAAAAUCGAAGAACAUGAGUUUUUUAACAUUAGUGUCACGGGUAUAAUACACUCCCGGAGCAUAGUUUAUAGAUAAAGAAUCCGUUCGCUCACUCUGCUUCGACACUUUUGAUCUCAAUGUUCCAGUUUAUACAUUGUGCAACUCGGAUUUGUAUCCCUAGCGCAUACAGAAUUCAAUCAUAAUAACCCAAGAAUACACUGCAAAUUUUUACCGUCAUCUGAUAACAAAAUGAAAUUUACCCCAAAAGCAUGUAACAACAUUGUACUUUACCAAAUGGCACCUGUGCCAAACCCAAUCUUGAGCAAAGCAGUUAAAAAAUAUAAUUUUAUGUUAAAACAAUCACAUAAGGCAUGAAAGCGCUGAUUUUGUUUGCCCUUAAAGUUUUUCAGAAGUUAACAUAUUCAAACAUAUCUCGAUAUAUAUCGUUAAAGGGAAACAUUUUCUUCCUCGUACAAAAAUAUCUAACUACGAUUAGUAGAUAAAAAUCAUUAAAUAAUAAUAAAAGCAGUUUAUUGGUUAUGAAUAUUACAACCAAAUGGCCAUCGACCUAGGUCCUUCAGCCAGACAAUUUGUAUGGUAUGUAUGAGGAUUUACAAGCUAUAUGUGUAAGAUGAAUACGAAUAUUAAGAUACUUAAAAAAAACUAUGUGUCCCUAAUUAUUGUUCAUCGGCAAAUUCGUUUAAGAUUUCUGUUAUUGAUCUCACUGGGUAUUUAAACUUCGCUUGACCAAUUUGUCGUUGCAUCGAAAAAAUGCGUUUAGCAUGUGAUUGUUUCGUUUCUUCCAGAAUGUUUUGACAUUUUUUUAAUUCUUUCCAGGAUAAGCUGAAUCUUAUUUUUUUCGUAAAGAUAUUCAUUUGCUGGAUGGUGGAGUGGGGUUUUCAGGAUGUCGCAUCUUGGUAAUUAUUCUUAGUGUAGAAGUUUCGGCCACAUGAAUGUUUUUUAAUGCAGGUUUUCGGCAGUUUAAAUAUAUAGUGUGACCGUAUUCCAGGAGAGGUCUGCAAAUUGUUUUGUAGAUUUUAGUGACCGUGUAGAUCUUGAUACCUUCUUUUUUGUAUGUUAAAGAGCAGGGGAAAUGUUUGGCUCUGGUUUUGAUUUUCUUUUUUGUCUGCGGGUGUUCAUUGAAGUUCAGCUUAUUAUCAAUAAUAAGGCCUGGGUAUUUCCAGGGCCGCCGAGAGCCAGACCGGACCCCAGGACAAUUCUCCAGUUCGGACCCUAGGACAAUUUUGCUGAUCGGGCGCCGCGACAAUUUUAUAAAAAAUUAAAUAACAAAAGGUCUUCAAGCAAAAAUUUCUCCUCUUCUACUUGAAUUUCUCUAAAAAAAAAAGGUCUUCAACUAAGAACUUCCCCCCUCUUCUAUCGAACUUCUGAUAGUAACAAACACCACCGCUACCGGGCCCCCAUUUAAGCCCGGGUCUUAGAUCAUGAUAGGGUAUCAUCAAUUGACAUUUUUGUGGGUUAACUUUUAAUCUCCAUUUAUUGAGCCAUUGAGCAACUUCAUUAUAUUGAUUUUGUAGUGCUGUGAUGGUUUGAUUCAGCGUAUUUCCAUGCGAUAUCAAGGCCGUGUCAUCUGCGUAUUGGAGUGUGUAAUUUACUGCAUUGAGGUGUAACUGACCUGAAGGAAAAUUAAAGCAAUAUAUGUUGUAAAGGAACAGAGAUAGUGGCGACCCUUGCGGUACACCUAGAUCUGCUAUGAAAUUUGGAGAUGUGUGGUUAUUUAUUUUAACUCUUAGAGUUCUGUUUUGAAGGAAGUUUUUGAUAAGAUUUAUAAGACAAUCAGGCACAUUAAGAAGUUUUAGUUUAAAUAGGAGGCCGUUGUGCCAGACACAGUCAAAGGCUUUUUUAAUGUCCAACAGGAGAAUGGCAGAUUUUUUAUUGUUCAAUUUUGUUGUUUGCACAUUGGAAACCAGCAGAGUGGUUGGUACCAAAGCGGAGAUUUGUUCUCUAAACCCAAAUUGGAAUUGCGGAAUUCGUUCGUUUACUAAUGCUGAUAGUUUGACCUUAAUAAGUCUUUCGAAUAGUUUUCCCAAAACGGGAAGAAGGGUGAUUGGUCUGUAAUUAUCAAUUCUUUUGUGGUCUGUGCAUGGUUUUGGGAUAACUAUGAUGGUGCCUUUUUUCCAUUGAUCUGGAAAGUACGAAUUUUUGUAACAGAAUAGAAACAUUUUUAUAAUAUAGAUAUGUAUAUUAUAUUCUAGUUUUUUCACAAUUUGCCAUGUGAUCAUGUCCGAUCCUGGAGCGGAGUUUUUCUGAUUGGAUAGUAUUUGAAAGCAUUUUUCUCAUCGACUUCUGUGUUAUCUUCCUCAUUGAUUGGUUUGUUUCUAAAAUAUUGUUUGCACCAUGAGUUCACAUUAUUCCAGUUUUCUUGUUCAAAAGAUGGGUCUUUCGUUUCGUUAUGUUUUAAUGAAGUUCUCCUUGAAUGCAUCGGCCUUUUCUUCAUCUGUGGUAUGUCUAUACCAUUGUCUGUGAUAUUUGGAAUUUUAUUCCUUGUUUUAUAUUUUGACAGUUUAUUUAUUUUAUGAUAGAAGUUUCUUCCCUGUUCUCGAUUGAUUUCUUGGCAGGUCUGUAGCCAUGUGUGUUGCUGAAAUUGUUUUACUAAUUUUUGAAUGUCUUUGUUAAAGUUGUUGAUGUUUGUUUUGACUUCCCGACUAGGGUUUUGCCUGUAUUCUCUGAGCAUUUUACGUUUUGUUUUGAUGAGUUUCACGAUGUAUCUAGGAAGUUCAUAAGUAAAAUAUUUGUUUGCAGUUUUUGGUGUGUUUGUGAUAAUCUCGGAGACCUUUGUGUGAAAGUUAUUGACUUCAUUGCUAGUAAUAUUAGUUGGUUUACUUCUUUAUUUAUUUUUUCAAUAUUUGAUUUAUUGAAAUAAUAUUUAAGAGGUGGGUCUGCAAUAAGAGAGGGCAUUCCUUGCUCGAUAGUAAACAUUAUAGAAUGGUGGUCUGCCCCAAUGUCGGGGAUUACUUCUAUAUUGUCAGUGUACAUUAACAAAUCUGGGGUGGAGUCCUCAUUGUUGGGCAUCAUUAAAAAUAUGAAUCAAUUUUUGGUGAUUUAAAAUUUUUUUUGUAUGCCUAUUGUUGUGAUUUAUUUUUACAGGUUGCCAUAGAAAUGACAAACCUUUCAAACAUACAUAUGGUUUAAAAGGUAGGUAAAAAUAUUAAUUCAGGUUUAAAAGCUAGGUUCACAAUGAAUUAGGAUUAGGGUUGCCACCUGUCCUUUUUUGAGGCAAAAUGUCCUUGUGACUUUUUAAAUCUUAAAAUGUCCUUUUUCUGGCAAAUGUCCUCUUUUUCUAGCAAAUGUCCUCUUUUUCUAAAAGUGUCUAAUAAUAGCGCACAUAAGUUGAGGACCUUUUUUUUAGAAGCUCGAAAAGAGACGAUUAAGAAGGAAGUUUCUUUUUUUUUAGAAGCUCGGUAAGAUGAAGAUUUAUUUCGUUUUUUCACUUUUCAGGAUUGCACUUUUCAGGGAAAACACAAUUGUCGCUGUCAUGUCUUAUGUGAUUUUUUGAAUAUAAAAUAUUUUUUUAACCACUUUGCUCAGGAUAGGGAUUGGCGCAUGUGCAAUUUGGUAAAGUACAAUGUUGUUACAUGCCUUUGGAGCAUAUUUCAUUUCGUUAUCAGAUGACGGUCGAAAUUUGCAGUGGACUCUCUUACUAUAACCAGUACAAUAUGACAACCGCCUAUAUUCAAACAGCAGUCUUCUGCGCAUCCUGAAUUUGUAUCCCUGGAGUGGAUGUUAUUUUGGAACAUCCAAUUGGUCUGAGUGAGCUAACUGAUUCUUUAGCUAUAAAUUGUGCCCGAAGUUUUUGCCGUUCCACCUGACUCACUGUAUUUGUUAAAUAGAAAUGCAAAUUUUGUCAAAAUACACAAUUUAAAAACCAAGAUAAUAUUCUUUACUAAAACAUCAAAAAUUUAACUCUAUAAGAAAUAUUUUUUUUAAAACUAAGCUAAAUUUGGUAAUUUAAAAUAAUAAAGUUAUUAAGAGCAAGUACUUUUUAUCAUUGAGACAGUUUUAGACAUUAUUUCAGUCUUGAACAAAAGUUCUCAUACAGAAGAUGGCCUCCACUUUACCAUAGUUCUGAUCUGUUAAAUCAACUCAAAAGUUCGAAAUAUAAUUAUGAGGAAUAUUUUUUGUUGCAAUUUUCAAACUACAUAUUUGAUAACAAAUCGUGUUAAGGAUUUUAGUUUUCAGUCAAAAAUUUAUAUUUAAAGGUGGGAUGAAAAAAAUGUUAAAGCCACCUCCAAUAUAGAGAGCUUUCUACUUGUUUCAGAGAAGUAACCACCAUAAUGCGAAUGCAUUUUGAAACAAAAAAAAAGUUAAAUGUGUUAAGUGAAUAAAGUUUUGAUGUAUUAAAUUUCUUGUUAAAAUUAUAUGAUCAUACAAUUUUAUUUUAUUAAGAAAAUAUGAAUAUUUGAUUUUAGUUGGAAAAUAUUGAAUAUUUAAAUUUAUAUAAAACUUUUUGGUCUAAGGCACAAACAAGUAUCUCAAUUCAUUCUAAUGACGAAUUGUUUCUAUUUUUUUAUGUAUAAUUUAACUUGUUUUUUAUUAUGGGUAUCAAAAAGAUGAUUAGUUUUAUCUGUUGUAUUUGAGAUUACUUAACACAGACAGCCAUUAUUUUGUAAACAAACAUAUUAUUGUUAAUUAGGUAAACAAUGUUGUGGUGUACAUGAUCUCUAUCAUCAAUAAAAAAUGCCACCUUUUUGAUGAUGAAGUGUAUAGUGAUUGUUUUUAAAAUUUGUGCCAAUUAAUGUUUUAAGUUAAUUUUUUUGGGUAUUUUGUACUUACUUUAGUUUU